GCGGGCAUGGCGGGCCGCACGGUGCGGGUCGGGGGCCUGCCCGCAGAGCUGCCCCCCGACAGGGUGGCCGACAAGCUGACCAUCCACUUCCUGCGCUCCCGCAACGGCGGCGGCGAGAUCGCCGACGUGCAGGUGCUAAGGGACGGGCGCCAGGUUUGCGCCCUCGUCACCUUCGAGACGCCGGAAGUGGCCCAGAGGAUCCUGAAGGUAAAGAAUCACGUCCUGUCCAUCGGAGGGGACAAAUACCCGCUGGAAGUGACGGCGCACGCCGCGGAGCUGAGCCCCGAUGAGAUCUUCUUAUAUGCUUCCGUGAUAGUUGACUAUGGCAAGCUUCCUACUGGCAAAGCCCUCCUGAGGAACUUGUAUAAAGGCUACAGCAAUGUGCAGCUCAACUUUGACUCCAAGAAUGCCCACUGCAUAGUCAAGGGGCCAUUCACUGAGCUGCAGGCCUUCAACAGAGAGCUGCUGGGCAGCCUGAACCUCAAGAGCCAAGGUACUGGAGAGAUCCUCCUGCCAGAUUCCAGCCAUGGGGCCAAAGAGACCAGAAUCCCUGAUCCCCAGCAAGAGCCUGACUCUGCUGAGUCAGCACAAGACACAGCAAAGGUCCUGAACUGGGACCAGGCAUGUGAAGAACCGGGUAGAGCUCCAUCGCCUUGGGGACCUGUGGAUGGGAAAGCUGUGGAGCACCUGGAGGACUUUUCCCUAGUGAUGGACUCAGACAUUUACUUGUACAUGCAGAGGUUCUGUGCUGCCGAGUACCAGGGCGUGCUGCAGCAGCAUGGUGUGGAUGUGGUGGAUGUCAGCAGCGAUGGCAUCGCCAUGCUCUACUUCCAACCCGCUGCAGGGAUGGCUGGGGACAUGGGUGCCUUGCGAGAGGCCCGCUUGGCCCUGCAGAAGCUUUACCAGCAGCUGGAGGUGAGCUUGCGCAAGGAGAAGAUCACCAAGGGAGGACUGGGUAUGGACAGCCAGGCUCUCAGGGCGCUGACACACGAGCUGCAGCAGCUGUAUCCCCAGUUGCUCUGCCAUGAGGAUGUGAAGCAGCUUUACCUUAUUGGAAACCUCGUCGAUGUGUCCGAGGCCAAGCAGUAUCUUCAGGAUUUCAGUGCCAGAAGAGGCGCUGCACAGGCCACGGUCAGCAGCUCCCUGCCCUCACAGCCAACCACAGAGAAUACCCUGCCCAAGCCCAGGGAGCCCGCAGGCACCUCAGCCUCAAGGUUCAUCCCAGGCAGGCCGAAGCUGAGAGGCGAGCUCAGACCACCUGCCAGCUUCAGCACCCUGAAAGCUGAGAGGUCUCAGGACUCCCCACCGGUGGGGCCUUCUGGAAAACACCCACUGCAAACGGAUGCUCUACGGCCAAGUGACCCAAUGGCACUGACCCAGCGGUACCAGCCUGGUGCCUCUACAGCAGGUGUGGAUUUGGGGGCAGCAGCAGAGUCUCAGCAGCAGGACCCCAAAGAAUGGGAGCAGAUGAAAGGAGGUGCGAGGCUUACAAGACACAAGGCUCUGUCUGCUUCUGGGGACAAAGACAACAGAGACUCUAAAGGCUCUGGUCCCAUCAAGCAUCACUCACUUGCUGGCACAUCCAGUGCCUUUGACACAACAAGGACCUCUAAACCCUCUGAAUCCAAGCCUCUCCUGCAACGUUCCAACAGCUUCUCCCUGCCCAGAUCAAAGGAAAGCGAGAAGCCGCAGGGCACGGGCCGGGCAGGCAGGGAGGCUGCAAGGGUGAGUGAGGAGAUGAGCCUGGACUCCCUGCAGUGGUCUUACCUGAAGGACGUUCACCGCGCUGCUGUGGCCGAGCUGUGCAGUGAUGGGGAGGUGCAGCUCUUGGAGCAUCGCGCUGGCGACUGCACCGUGCUCACGCUACAGGCAGAGGGUAGGGAGAAGCUUUUCCAGGCCAAAUGGAAAGUGGAAGCUCUGGUGAGGAAGUGUCCUGACCUCGUGUGCCAGAGUAUGAGCUACUCAGAGCUCGCUGUGGAUGGCCCGGAUGACAGCGCCCUCAGUGAACUAUGCAGCCUCUUGCGAGGAAACUCCUUCCAGGUUGGGUUCAGCAAAGACAAGUACAACCUGUACCUUGCCUGCCCCAAGGAGGUGCUGCCAGGAGUGACUGAGGCCUUUCAAGUGUUUUCUUCCAGAAGGCAACCUGCCCUGAAGUCUCCAGGAGCAGAGAGUACAGGGUGUCCUAGUGCUGUCCAGCCAGGCAGGAGCCAGGACACGCUGCUGGGUGCAGCCCUUCCUGGUAGCCUCGAGUCCCUACAGAUGGACCUGCAGGACCUGACCAUUAGUGCUACAGCAGAGCUUGCAGAUGUUAACCCGGCUGAGAGGUCCCCAAGCCUCUGGGGGCUCCAGCACACACUGGGGCAGGAGGAUGCCAAUGACUGUGCUGAUUCUGGGGCUGAGCAAGAGGGAGGCGACCUUCUGAGCCCUGCUGUGGUGGAUAACUCCAGUCCCACCGGUCUGAGCGAGCCCCAGGAGCAGCUGAAGACCAACCUGCCUGUGGGGGAGCCGGACCCGGCACGGCUGAGGCAGGUUUUGCCGGACAGGUUCCAGUUUGCAAGAGCCAAGAGCAGAGGAGGCCAUGGCGAGGCGACGGGAUGGCUGCGCUCCCCAGUGCCUGCAGUGGAUGGGGCUCCUCACUCCCUGCCCGCCCGCCUGUGCAGGCCCAUGGAGGCUGCAGGCCUGGCCCCAGACAGGGCUCUGCUCCCUGCAGGCAGGAGCAGUGCUCAGGAGGGGCAGGGGAGAGGCCCCAGCCCGGGGCAGGAAAGCAGCAGGAUGGCUCCGGGCCGCUGCGAUGCCUGCCAUGGCGCAGCCGUGACCUGCGCGGCGCGCUGCGGGCACUGGCUGUGCAGGACGUGCUUCGCAGGGGACAGCCCGCAGCCGCCCUGCUGCAGCGUCUCCACGCUUACCCCGGGCUGCAGCAUCCCGGGGAAGUUCCAGAUCUCCUCCUUGUCUCAGAGUCUGCCGGGCUACUACCGAGACCCAACGCUCCAGGUUGUCUACAUCAUCCCUGACGGCGUGCAAGGGGUUGGUGACCCCCACCCAGGCCAGCCUUACAAAGGGGGGCAUUUCUGUGCCUUCCUGCCGGACAACAGGGAAGGGCAGAAGACAGCAGUGCUUCUGAAGAAGGCAUUUGAUUGUGGGCUGACGUUUCACAUCAAGUCCUGCAAUGGCGAGGAAAGAGUGACAUGGGGCCUUAUCCCCCACAAAACCUCCUGGGACGGAGGCAAAGCCAGGAAUGGUUAUCCGGAUGCCCUGUAUCUCCGGGACGUUUGCACUGCACUGAAGAAACUGGGCAUUGCAUGAGGCUCCCUGUGCAGCAGCCACAGCUCCCCCCAUGCUUCACCUUCCUCUCCAGCUGAAACAAGUGCAGCUUAACACAGGCAGCUCAAGAGAGAGCUCAUGUUUGUCCUCCUGCGGCCCCA